ACCAAGUAGUGGAGGGAGAAGUGUACUGGCAAAAGUUAACAAAAAGGGGGCACUUCCAUCUCGCUGUCAUCAUUCGUCAAGUGUCUGUCCACUCGUGCGUCACUAUCCAGUUAUUACAAUGACCGGUCGAGGCAAAGGCGGUAAAGGUCUUGGAAAAGGUGGAGCAAAGCGUCAUCGGAAGGUCUUGCGAGACAAUAUCCAGGGAAUCACUAAGCCUGCUAUUCGUCGUCUUGCUCGUCGUGGCGGCGUGAAGCGCAUUUCAGGAUUAAUCUACGAGGAGACUCGUGGUGUCCUAAAGGUUUUCCUAGAGAACGUCAUUAGGGACGCAGUGACGUAUACGGAGCACGCCAAGAGGAAGACCGUUACGGCUAUGGACGUCGUCUAUGCGUUAAAACGUCAAGGCCGCACCCUCUACGGAUUCGGCGGUUAAUUGGUCCACUUUAAACUAAAAAAAAGUCCU